AUGGCCUCUACAAAAGCAGCCCAGUUUAAUCCAGAAGAAAUCCAACACAUUAUCCGUCUGUAUAACACAAAUAUUGAUGGAACCAAGAAGAUCCCAUACGCGCUCACUGCUAUCAAGGGAAUUGGCAUGAGAUUUGGAAAGACUGUUGUGUCAAGGGCAGGCGUUUCUCUUCAAAAGCGAGCAGGAGAACUGACGCAAGAGGAGAUAGCCAAAAUCCAGGAGGUCAUUAAUGAUCCAAAAGCAUUUGGGAUCCCAGGGUAUAUGCUCAAUCAUCAGAAAGAUGUUGUCGAUGGCCUUGACUCACAGCUUGUUGGCAUUAAGCUUGACGGAGAUCUGAGAAUGCGUAUUGAGAAGGGUAAGAAGAUCAGAGAGAUCAGAAUGCUUAGACUGGCAGCAGGUCUCAAGGUUCGUGGACAGAGAACUAAGUCUAAUGGAAGGAAGUCUAAGGCCCUAGGCGCACCCAAGAGAAAGUAA